AUGGGGAGGUGUGCGGCUUGGACGGGGCUCGCUGUUCUCCUCUGCCCGUCAGUAGCGACUCUGCAGCGAGCGGGACCGGAGCCCACAGGAAGGGAGAGAGACUCACUCAACCUGUCCCCAGCCAAGCAAUGACAGAGGACUGCACCAGCUUGUUAGCCCAGCUCAAAGAUGCCUACCAGGGGCUUGAGGAAUUCCGAUCGAGUAGUGUUGAAGAGCACGAGAGAGUCCUCUGCUGGGCAGAGGAGACCCGAGGCUGCAUUCAGCAGCACGGGGAGGCGGCCCUCGUAGUGGUGCAUGAAGAGCUAGCCGCGCUGACGCAGCAGCUAAAGGAUUUGACUCAGGCCAACCAGACCAGCCUCCAGGAAGGCGUUGCCAGAAUCCAGGUGAAACAGGGCCAGAUUUCUGCACUCUCCUGUGAGCUGCAGGCGUUGGUCUCGCGAGGAGGCGAGACCGGCGGAGCCGACGUUCACCGGCAGGUAGCCGAGAUUCUGUCCCCGGAGAACAGGUUUGUCAUCUUGCUGAAAAGGCCUCGUUUUGUCCCUCGGCUGCCACGCAGCCCAAAGCUGGGGGAAAUCAUAUGUGAGGACAGGCCCACCCACUCCUCCGCCCCCUCCCCAUCCCUGGGCGCUGAGGCAAAUGGUACCUUGGCUGCGGAGGAGCUGAGUGGUGACUCAGCCAUGCAGGUCGGAACCAACUCGCAGCAAACUACGUUUACACGGACACUGCACAUUAACUGCACCUCACUGAGGAGGGGAGACCAGAAACCGACUCUGACAGAAGGUUCUACCGUGGGAGACGCCACGGGCGUCCCCUUACUGAACCGCAAGGAGAGCAAGGGACAUGUAGAGACCACCCUUGGAGCAGAGAACAAGACACCCACAAAGAUGAACAAUGACGUAACAUCUCCCUCUCCAUAUGUGGGGAAAACUGUGGGUGGGGCUCCCGGCCUGGUGGGGCUCCCGGCAAGAGAAGGUUGUGCCUGGAUCCAGUCCCCUUGCCCUACAGAAAGGGGAGACAUUCCAGCAUCUCAGCUGGGGACAGACCCCGCUGCCGAUCCCUCUCCCAAUGGGAUCACUGGAGCGAUGCGGAGGGACAGCGCAUUAUCCAUACAGUGGGAGCAAGCCUCGAACAGCACUGAUCCCUCAACUGCUCCUUGCCUCCAAGCCCAAGCAUCAGGCAGUCCGCAAGGAAACCCUCCCGUGGACUCAGCACCAAUGGGUGCCUCCCACCCUGAGGGAGAAGAGGUGCCUACGAUAGCGCUGGCCACUUCGGGCUCUGCCAGCAAGCUCUCGACCACAUGGGUCCACCAGAAAACCUCUGUACACACCACCAAUCUUCACCAGCCCUUCCUACAGGUACGAAGCCAUCACCGCACUGAAACGGCAAAACCAAAUGGUGGCAAGGACCACCUCACUGAGAAUUCCUUGCCUCGGUCACAGACUCCCCUCCCAUCCGAUUGUGGGUCCAUUUUCAGGGCAACUGCUGUGUUCAUCUCCGACGAGGACUCGGACGAGAAGGUUGGUGCGGCCGAUACAAACCACAGACGGUUGGAAGGGGUCCCCAGACCGCCUCAGUCACCAGCGCUCACCCAACCUCCCUGUGCUUGGCAAGGGAUCAAUUCUCCAACAACAUCCCGCUGGAGAUCAGAGACCAGCAGCAGAUCCCUGGCUGAGAAAGGCUGCAGUGGGAACUCGGCAAGAGGCAGGAGGGCCUCAAGCGCCAGGAGGUUUAAACGGAAAGAGUUCAGUAAGAGCUGCCUAGACCUGAGCAACACCAAAGGACCAGAGCUUCAACAGAGGCCAUGGGAAUGCCCAGAGCAAACUGACCUCACCCAAAGAUCCUCCUCCUUCGACUCCACAGAGACCUUCUUCAUCGACUCGCCUCGAGGCUUGGGAGAGAGGAAGGAAGGAGGGGUCAUGACAGCCAGUAGGGUUCAGGAACGCCCCAGGUCUGCGGCCCAUCAGAACAAGCCUCAGAUCAACAGGACCAGCAGGCGAGCCGUCCAUGGGGGAGACCCAAGUGGGACAGAAAAGGGCAGGAGCCAGCGGGCUCACUCGGGCGGCCACUCACAUUCAGAGCCCCAGCAGAGGAUGAAGUCGCCAGGCCAAAGAAUGCCGUUUCAGCCAAAGUCAGUGGUGAAAGGAGACAGCAAGGUGUCCUCGCCCAAGGGUUCGGGCUCCCACUCGGGCAGCGAGCUCCGCCUGGGCUCGCACCGUGCCUCCUCAGAGGAGCACAGACGGCACAAAGUCCCCACUGCCAACUCCCCGACGGUGGCCCCGCUCUUCUCCCUCAGGACCAGCAAAGCUCGGAGCAGAAGCGAGGCCAAUCUGAGCCAGGCCUGGCACCGGGUGGGCCCGUUCUACAGGAAUGAUCUGGUUGGACAGUUUGGGAAAUAUGGCAGUGGCUGGGGAGAUCUAAACCUGCCCUACGGUGUCCAUGCCUCCGCUCCAGGUACUCUGUACGUGGUGGAUUACGGCAACAGGCGGCUACAGGUAGUGGACAGGACGGGGGACACGGUACAGCAGCUGAGGUUGGAUCGGGGCAUCUACUUUGACGUGGCGGUGAACAGCGAUGGCCUGGUUGCUCUAACCAGCAUCUCGCACCGGUCAGUUGAUGUGUACAACAGCCACGGUCAGCUCCUGAACGUCAUCACUGGCACCUUCCAAAACCCCCGGGGCAUCACCGUCAACAGCCAGGACCAGUUUCUCAUCACAGACACCAAGCAGGGCACCGUCUCAGUGCUGAUCCUGGACGCGGAGACUGGCCAAGCCCAGGGCAGCGACGCGGUACCUGGUUUUCACAAGCCUUAUUUUAUCAGCGCUAACAGAGGGGGCCGGGUGGCCGUGUCCGAGAGAGCCUUCGACGGGGGCUGCUGUGUGAAGGUGCUGGACAGUGACCUGCGGCUGCUGACCGUGCUGGGUGACGGCAGCUCCGGGUUCACAGUCCAGCUCUCCAAUCCCUGGGGCGUGUGUAUCGACGGCCAGGACAACGUGCUGGUGGCUGACUGGGGGCGCAGACAUUCCCUCGUCCUCUUCCCGGCGCAGGGUCCCGCCUGUGUGCUGGUGGAGAACGGGCUGAGCAGUCCGCGGGGCCUGGCGUUGCCGCGGGACGGUCACGUCGCCGUGGUGGACAGCAUGCACAACUGCAUCAAGGUUUUCCACUACCGAUAGUGCACGUUGGGAGGGUGGGUCCAGCUCCCUGAAGCCCACCCUCCACCUCAGCAGUCGGGUGAACUCCGGGGGAGUAGGGGCAGUGGGGAAAGGUCUGAACUCUCCCUUAUGUCAUUGGCCUUAUCCCAAUGUUUGUCCCAUGGGUGAAGAACCCAAAAGGGAAAGUUAAGUUGAUGAUCUUCUGUGGGAGCUAAGUGUGGUUGCUGAAUGGAGACUGGGUCAUUGGGUAUAUUUAAUAGAGACUGGGUCAUUGGGUAUAUUUAACGGAGACUGGGUCAUUGGGUAUAUUUAACGGAGACUGGGUCAUUGGGUAUAUUUAACGGAGACUGGGUCAUUGGGUAUAUUUGAGGGAGACUGGGUCAUUGGGUAUAUUUAAUGGAGACUGGGUCAUUGGGUAUAUUUAAUGGAGACUGGGUCAUUGGGUAUAUUUAAUGGAGACUGGGUCAUUGGGUAUAUUUAACGGAGACUGGGUCAUUGGGUAUAUUUAAUGGAGACUGGGUCAUUGGGUAUAUUUAACGGAGACUGGGUCAUUGGGUAUAUUUGAGGGAGACUGGGUCAUUGGGUAUAUUUAACGGAGACUGGGUCAUUGGGUAUAUUUAAUGGAGACUGGGUCAUUGGGUAUAUUUAACGGAGACUGGGUCAUUGGGUAUAUUUGAGGGAGACUGGGUCAUUGGGUAUAUUUAACGGAGACUGGGUCAUCGGGUAUAUUUAACGGAGACUGGGUCAUCGGGUAUAUUUAACGGAGACUGGGUCAUUGGGUAUAUUUAAUGGAGACUGGGUCAUUGGGUAUAUUUCACGGAGACUGGGUCAUUGGGUAUAUUUAAUAGAGACUGGGUCAUUGGGUAUAUUUAAUGGAGACUGGGUCAUUGGGUAUAUUUCACGGAGACUGGGUCAUUGGGUAUAUUUAAUGGAGACUGGGUCAUUGGGUAUAUUUAAUGGAGACUGGGUCAUUGGGUAUAUUUCACGGAGACUGGGUCGUUGGGUAUAUUUGAGGGAGACUGGGUCAUUGGGUAUAUUUAACGGAGACUGGGUCAUUGGGUAUAUUUGAGGGAGAUUGGGUCAUUGGGUAUAUUUAAUGGAGACUGGGUCAUUGGGUAUAUUUCACGGAGACUGGGUCAUUGGGUAUAUUUAAGGUGGAGGUUGAUAAGGUUUUGAUUAGUCAGGGCAUCAAAAGUUACAGGGAGAAGGCAGGAGAAUGGGAUUGAGAGGGACAAUAAAUCAGCCAUGGGAGAGUGGUGGAACAGACUCAAUGGGAUGAAUGGCCUAAUUCUACUCCUAUGUCUUGUGGUCUUAUGUCUUCUCCCAUACUUACCUGUAAUGAUUUUACUUUCUCUACAACCCUGAUUUUAUGCUCUUAUCCAAGACCUGGUAAAAGCCAAAUGUAGAUAGCCAGUUAUCUGACCUGUGUGCUCCCCAACUGUGACAGUUUCAGCUUACUGAGGCCUAGAGGGUGAGGUGGUGGACUUGCCGACAUGUUCAAAAAGCACUUCAGGUGCAAUCUACUGUCUGUCAACAAUUUUUCAAGUUUUGAGGGACAUAUGUUUAAGAUUUAUGAUAGGGAUCCUGUUAGAGUUCCUAAAUCUAGUGCCUGCUUUCCCUUGGAACUUUUAGGAUCCUUAUCCUCUGUUAUAUUGGACUACGACAGGAUUCUCAUCUCUGCUGAUUUCAAUAUUCACAUUAAUCAUUUCUCAACUGCAAACUCAGGAGCUUACUAGACAGCUAAGAUCCUACCCAGCAUGUCACUAAGCCCAGGUAUUGACUUGGCAGUACACUUGAUUUAGUAAUGACAAAUCAUUACUGUCUGGUACCACUUUCUCAGAUCAUCUUUGUGUACUUUUUGAUGCACUCCUAGCCGGAACCAACCCCACAAAAGGAAUUACAUUUAAAAAACGGUUUCUUGAUACUGAAACAUAUUUCUGAGCUGAGUUCUCCGAGCUGGCUAGUUUAUCUGACCCAUGUGAUCGAAAUUGCUAAGUAAAUGAAGUGGUUGAUUCUUUCAACAUUAAAAUGACAAAUAUAUUAAACACAGUGGCCUCACUUAGGGCUAAAAAGAAAUCACUUAGUAAAACGUCACCAUGGUUAAACUCAAGGGAACUCCACAAACAAGAGAUCAUGCAGCUAAGAUAAAAUGGAGGAAAACUGGGCUAGAAGUCCAUCAUAAUAUUUCCAAGGAAAAGCUGAGCUCCCUUCAUGCUGCUAUAUGCUCUGCAAGACGAACCCAUUUUUCCAAGAUUAUUACAGAGAACAUUCAAGAAUAUUGUUCAACUAUAAACUGACUGUUGAACUUUGCUCCAACCUAUAAAUGUCAGCCAAGCAACUGCAAAAAAAUGUGACAAAUUCUCAAUAUUUUCUAUCAAAAAAACUACUUCCAUUAGGGAGAAGUUAGUUACAGAUAUUGGUAACCAAUCUUGUUAAAAGACAAUACAGUAUAGCCAAUCUCAUACCAAGAUAGCAACUAUGUCAAAAUUUACAGUACUGUAUUUCUGAUUCAUAACUCUCUGAGAUUGUAACAAGAGUUAACUGUCCAUUUGCUGUCUUGCCUCUGUCCCUCCCAAACUUUUUAAAGAACUCUUUCAAUAGUUUUUCAAUUCUGUUUGGAAAAUUCUUAACACUUCCCUUGAAACUGGAGUUUUUCCAGAUGCCUUCAAAACUACGACUGUCAAAGUCCUGCUUAAAAAGUCAAACCUUGAUAAUGAGAUAUAUGUAGCUAACUACAGACUCAUAAAAUCUUCCGUUCCUGGGCUAGGUUCUUGAGAAAGUAAUUUACCAAGUUUCUGAAUGAGAACAUUCUAGAAUCAUUUCAGUCAGGCUUCAGAGCAAACCACAGCUUGGAGACAUCCCUUACCAACAUUGUCAGAGAACUUAGGCUCAGCACCGAGACCAACAGGGCUCCAGUUCUCAUUCUUCAAGAUCCGAGUGCUGCCUUCGACACAAUGGACGACAACAUUCUCCGAGCUCACCUGGAGAACCGGGCUGGCUCUGGUAGUGCCCUUAAUUGGUUUUGUUCGUAUAUCUGAGAGAAUUUUUUCAUCUGCCUUGGAGACCCAUUCUCUAAGAGAUAUGAUGUAGUUUCUGGUGUUGCCCAGGGAAGCCGUCACCCCCCCAUUCUUGUCCUUAUACCUGCUCCCCAUCAUUAAAGAGCAUAGAGCCAAUUUGCAGUAAUGCAAAUGACACACAGUUGUAUAUCUCAGUUGAGCCUGAUGACGUCAACACCCCAUCUUCUCUGACAUUUGGUAUCACUCCGAUAAACAAAUGGAUGAGCAGUAAUUUUCUAAAACUAAACAAGAUAAAACUGAAGUAGUUCCAGUUGGCCAAAAGAGGUAAACUUCCUGAUUAACUUGGAACUUGGCUCCCCAUGUAAAAUCAGAUGUAACUAGUCUGGGGUAUUAUCCUUCAUCAGAUUUGAAUUUUAAAUCCCACACAGAGUGACCAGAGCAGCAUUUCUACACUUAAGAAAUACUGCAAAGUUAUGUCCAUUCUUGUCAUGUAAUGAUGCUGAAAAGCUAAUUCAUGCCUUUAGGUUGAAUAGACUAGAUUACUGCUAUGCACUGUCCACUGGUGUUCCAAAGCAAUCUAUUGCUAAACUCUUAACCAAAACCAGGAUGAGGGAGUGUAUCACUCCUGUUCUCGCCACUCUGCAUUGCCUCCCUACGUCCUUUAGAAUUGAUUUUAAAGUUCCCUUACCUGUUUUUAAAGAUCUCAAUAAUCUGGGUGAGGAGUACAUCACAGAACCAUUUUCAUUUUAUAAUCCUGCUCGAGCUCCAAUGGCUUUUAAUUUUAAACAAUCUCCCUGAAAAGAUCAUUGGCAGGUCAGCUUUUCUGAACUACACUCCUAAACUGGAACUCAAUGCCUAAAACUGAAAGGGAUGCAGGCUCAGUUAACACUUUUAAAUAUAAAAACAAGUAUGUAAUUCACAAACAAGGAAACAUCUGCAGAUGCUGUAAAUCCAAGCGAUUAUUUGGAUACGAGUUCAGUGGAGCAGGCACAAGCUGAGACAAUAGGUCUACCUGGACAAGCGGGUUGGUGGAUCUUGGGUAGGAGGUAGAAACAGUUUUAGAAACGGAGGUAGAAACACAUUGUGUUUCUCUCUCCCCUCUCCCCAGCUUUUUUGAAGGGUCUCAGCCCAAAACAUCAACUGUACUCCUUUCCAUAGGUUCUCCCUGUCCUGCUGAGUUCCUCCAGCAUUUUGAGUGUUGUUUGUAGAAUGUAACGUUGAGACUUUAUAAAGCACUGGUGAGGCCUCACUUGGAGUAUUGAGAGCAGGUUUGGGCCCCUUAUCUUAGAAAGGAUGUGCUGUAACUGGAGAGGGUUCAUAGGAAAUUCAUGAAAAUUAUGAUUCCAGGAUUAAAUGGCUUGUCAUAUGAAGACCGUCUGAUGGCUCUGGGCCUGUAUUCACUAGAAUUCAGAAGAUUGAGGGGUGACUUCAUUGAAACCUAUAGAAUGGUGAAAGGCCUUGAUGGAGUGGAUGUGGAGAGGAUGUAUCCUCUGGUGGGAGAGUCAAGACCAGAGGACACAGCCUCAGAAUCAAGGGGCAUCCUUUUAGAACUGAGAUGAGGAGGAAUUUCUUUAGCCAGAGAGUGGUGAAUCUGUGGAAUUCUUUGCCACAGGCUGCUGUGGAGGCCAAAUCUUUAUGUACAUUUAAGGCAGAGGUUGAUAAAUUCAUGAUUAGUUGGGGGGUGAAGGGAUACGGGGAGAAGGCAGGAGAUUGGGGCUGAGAGGGAAAUGGAUCAGCCAUGAUGAAAUGGUGGAGCAGAGUCAAUGGGCCAAAUGGUCUAAUUUUGCUCCUAUAUUUUAUGGUCUUAAACACCAGCUUAAAGCCUAUUUAUUUAACCUUGUUGUUAAUGAACAUCUUUUUGUCCUUUACUUGUGUGUUUUUUUUUAUUUUCACGUUUGUACUUUUAUCCCAUUGUAAAGCACUUUGAACUUCUUCAUUCCUAUGAAAAGUGUUCUAUAAAUAAAGUUGUUGCUGCUGUUGUGAUUAUUCUCCCAGUGAUACCCACAGGAGAGGAGCAGGGAGGGUGGGAAAAUGAGCUUUAGAAAGGGGUUGUGAUGAUACCACAGGUUUAAUAAGGACGGUGGGAUUGGGGGCACAUCAGGCGUGAAGUCACACACCGAGACUCUCGAGGAACACUACACUGCCCACCCCUCCCUCCAGCAAGUCAACGGAGACGUAAGAGACCGCAGAGGCCAUGAUGUUCCC